AUAUCCUCACUGUAAAUCAUCUACUCCAGAAUGUUAUGUUUACUGUAAGUAUGUUGACUGUGUCUGUAUUCUGUUAGUACACUGUCUAUGUACUAUAGUACACUGUCUAAGUCAAUGUACUAUACUUGACGAAUAGGGAUUCUGAUGCCCUCUGCUGGCCAGACACUGAUUUUAUGGGAUCACUCACAGAUCCAGGCCAAAAGCCAAGUUUCGAAUUCGGUGGAAGCCACACCUACUGCUCAGAACAAACCAUUAAACCGGGAAACAAGUAUCUCUCUCUGACUCUGCUGCUCAGUCUGAUAGGGUGUGUUUCACCAUGGCAGAAGCUGUUUUUGAUAAGGAUUUGAUUACCUGUUCAAUCUGUCUGGAUCCACUGAAGGAUCCAGUGACUACUGCCUGUGGACACAGUUACUGUAUGGGCUGCAUUAAAGAAAGCUGGGAUCAGGAUGAUGGGAAAGGUGUCUACAGCUGUCCCCAGUGCAGGCAGACCUUCACCCCAAGACCUGUUCUGGGGAAAAAUACUCUACUGAACGAAUUGGUGGAGAAACUGAAGAUGACAGGACUCCAAGCUGCUCCUCCUGCUUACUGUUGUGCUGGACCUUUAGAUGUGGGGUGUGACAUCUGCGCUGGGAGAAAACUCAAAGCUGUCAAGUCCUGUCUGCUGUGUCUUGCCUCUUACUGUGCGACUCACCUAAAACUUCACAAUGACCUCAACCAAGGAAAAAAACACAAGUUGAUUGAUGCCACUAGACUACAGGAGAAGAUUUGCACUCGCCAUGACAAACUGCUGGAGGUUUACUGUCGUACCGAUCAGCAGUGUAUCUGUCUGCUGUGUGUGAUUGAUGAUCAUAAAGGACAUGAUAUAGUCGCCGCUGCAGAAGAAAGGACUGAAAAACAGAAGCAGUUGGGAGGAAAUAAUCUGAAAUCCCAGCAGAGAAUCCAGAAGAGAGAGAAGGAGAUGCAGGAGCUGAGACAGGCUGUGGACUCUCUGAAGCGCUCUGCACAAGCGGAAUUGUUUGAUAGCGAGAGGACCUUGACUGAGCUCAUCCACUCCGUUGAGAAAAGGCGCUCUGAGGUGAAGGAGCUGAUCAUUGCCCAAGCGAAGGCUCAAGUGAGUCUAGCUAAAAGGCAUCUGAAGCAACUGGAGCAAGAGGUCGCUGAACUGAGGAGGAGAGAUGCUGAGCUAAAGCACCUGUCACACACAGAAGAUCACAUCCAUUUCCUCCAGCAUUUCCAGUCUCUCUGUGUCCCUCUUGGAUCUGAGGGCACACCCAGCAUCAUUGUCACCUUUGAGCACGUGAAGAAAUUUGUCACUGAACUGAAAGAGCGACUACAAGACAUCUGCAAGGAGGAAAUGGACAGAAUAUACGGGAAAGUGACUAAAGUUCCAAACAUUCGCCUUUCUGAGCCCAAGACCAGAGAGGAGUUCUUAGAAUACUGCUGCCCGCUGACAUUGGAUCCCAACACAGCAAAUCAACUCCUGUGUCUGUCUGAGGGGAACAGAAAGGUGACCAGGAGUCAUAAGAUCCAGGCCUAUCCCAACCAUGAACAUAGAUUUAGCCACUGGAAACAGGUGUUGUGUAAAGAGGGUGUCUGGAGUGUGUCUGAACCCUGCUACUGGGAGGUAGAGUGGACCGGGGUGGAGGUUGAUGUAGCCGUCUCAUAUAAAGGGAUCAGCAGGAGAGGAAGUGGUCGAGAGUGUUGGUUUGGUGCUAAUGACCAGUCCUGGAGGUUGUACUGCUCUGCAUCUAGAUGCUGUUUCUACCAUAAUGGUAGAGCGACUUCUAUCCCCGUCAUCUGCUCAGACUCCAGAGUCGGAGUGUACCUGGACCACAGGGCAGGAACUCUGUCCUUUUACAGCGUGACUGUCUCAGACACCAUGACCCUCCUCCACGGAGUCAAGACCACGUUCACUCGGCCCCUCUACCCUGGGUUUGGGGUUGGUUCAUCUGUGAGGAUACUGACACCAUUUAUGAGUAGUAACUAACUUAAUAUGUACGGUGGAAAAUAUGAACCUAGAUUACAGUACUUCCCUAUGGAACUACUGUGCAAAUAGAAAAGUAUCAGGAACACAUUGUAAAGUGGCACGGUUAUUUGUGUACUUUUUGGAAACUUUGAAAAAGCCCUGUUGAUUGUCAUCAAUCAUACUCCCUGUGUGUACAGCGAACAAUAAGUUCAGCUGCUGUUCAACCUAUUCAAUGCCAACCAUAAGACCAUGUGUUUAGACUUUGCGAUGUAAGUAGGGUAGUAUACUGGUCACUUUGUACUUUUCUAACCAUAACUAGCCAUAACUCUGCCUUACCAUAUAGUAAUGUAUGUAUACUAUGCACUACUCUACUAUAUUAGUUCAUUAAAAGUGAGAGUGAUUUGUU